AUGGGAGUGGUUGCCUCAAACAUUGUACCCAAGUUUGACUUUUUCGUGAUAAACUUGAAGCAUUCGCUACAAGUUGGUCGCCAGUAUGUAAUGUACAUGAAAUAUUCCGGGAAUAUGACAACCGACAACAUGUGGUUGGGUUUUAUUGCAAGUUUGAGUGGAACCAGAUAUAUUGCUUCUACACACCUGGAACCCACUUAUGCUAGGGCUGUAUUUCCAUGCUUCGAUGAGCCUUCCCUGAAAGCGACCUUUGACAUUACAGUGAAGCACAGACUGGGAAGAUUUGCACUGUCCAAUAUGCCGAAUAUCAGGAAUUACAUACAAGGGGAAUGGAAUACUGCGUACUUCAAUACAACAGCCGCUAUGUCAACCUACCUGGUGGCGGUAGUUGUGUCUGAUUUUAAAUGUAAAGAAGCUGUCUCUCUUACAGGAUUAAUACACAGCAGUGAAAGAGACUGGGUUGCUGCCCUCGCAAUGCUACUGAAAAAUAAUAAUAACAGGUUGUCUGUGAACUCCAGAAAAUCUUUAGCUUGCAGUAGAUUACCUGUGGUUUUACAAAGAUACAUGGAGCAGUCCACACAUGCCGGAGACUUUGCCGAUAUUAUUGGUGAUGUGCGAGAUUCAUCACUGAUGGGAUUUCAGAUAGCUUUGAAUUACACCCUGGAAAACUUUGAUACUUUCAGCAAAAUAUUAAAAAUGGCAGAUGAGAAAGAGAGCACGGACACUCCUGAGAUGCAGUCGGUAGCACAGACACCUACCAGUGAAGUGCAGUCAGUUGGCAGAGAAGGCUCGGCAGUCAGUGGGAAAUCUCAAGCUGUUUCAGUUACAAGCGACAAAACCUCUGAUAGAAAUGAAUCCAAACAGCUGUCCGAGUCGGGAAGAUCAAGUGCACUAUCGAGUAGUAGAGGGCAUCCAGCAUCGGCUAGCUCUCAGGCCACGUCCAGUAAAAGCGCAAAAAGAAAAGACAAAAUAAGAAAAUCAUCAGAUGAUACAGUACAUAAAGUGACUUUGACUGUAACAAUUGCCAAAGCCAUCCCCACAGUUGAAGAAGAAGGAUUUAAAAUAGAGGACAUGGUGAAGAAGAAAAAAAGGAUAGUUGAGGCUCCCAAGGCUCAGAACUAUUACCAUUGUUCUUAUUAUCUUUUACCUGAUGACACUGAUGCAACCAAAACUGACAUUGUUACGUUUGGUAUGGCAGCUAAGAUAUACACAGAGCAUGAAUCCAAAGUAUUGAAAACCUGGCAAGAAGGAGAUCAUACAUGGGUUGCCUGGUCACAUAGUCACACAGUGACAGUGACAAAAGAAUUGUUAUUAAAACUCUUCAAUCAUACACUUGAGUUGCGUAUUUGGGAUAGCAAGGACAAGGUGUCAUCAAAAGCUCGAUUUGAUCGUCCCAAAGCAUUCCGUCUUCCUCAAGCUAAAUCUGGAGAGGAUCCAGAAGAUGUCGGUGGUGUGAGGUCAUUGGUGAUGAAGCAAUCGCAGAGCUUUAUUGCUUUGCAGCCCAAGAAAUCGUUUAUAAGCCGUCCUGUUCCUCAGAAUGGUCCUCCUGGAAUGCACAAUAUAUGGAAAACUGAUGCCAAAGGGCGACCAAUGCGAGAAACAAGAGCAACAGAUACCAGCCAUAGUAUUGGUAAAGAUAAAAGUACUUCUGAUACUUCAUCCAAAUCGUUAAUAUAUAAAUCAUCAUCCCAGAAUCUUCGAGAUUUAGAUGCGUCUAUUGUGACGGACCACCAAGAAGCACCCUAUACAUUAGUAUCGCUACCAAUAAACAGUGAACAAGAUCUCCCAAUAAAAUCUUACAGUCGAUUAGGCAGGCUUGCUGGAGCACCAGAUGCUAGUGAAGUAAAGCAAAUGAAAAAACACAUACGAGAACAGCAGCAGAAACGAAAGGAAGAACUGAAGAAGAAAGCACCACUGUCAGCCAAGGCCAAAGAAAGUAGAGAGAGUAUCGCAAGACUAAAUGAGAAACAAGAAUUACAGAGUAAAGAAUCUCUGGUGCAUAAAAAAGAGCGUAUACCAGCGUCAGCGCCACCAAGUGUUGGUAAAAAAGGCACCCGUGAAACAGGACAACACAAAGAUUCCAAACGCCAUGCAAAAAAAUUGGAAGUUGCAGCUGCAGAAAAAGCUGCCGAUAUAAACAAGAAUGGCAACUGCUGCAUUCCAGUGCAAAUGAAAAUACUCUUUUCAGGUGUUAAAUCAGUCACUAAUCGCUUAGACAAACCUGUACCAGGAAUUGAGGAUGUGUUUAUCACAGUGUCAUUGGAUGGUGAUCUCAUGUCUGAAAGUCAAGAACAAGAACUUAAUCCAUUAGUCAUUAAAGUCAACUACUCGGAUAAAUUGCCAAAUACGCCGAUAUCCUACGAUGAACUAGAUAGGAAAUGUCAGCCUGUUUACUGUAAAUAUACAUUUUAUAAACAGCCUGAACACAAAAGUAUUGGCAGGAGUCACUCUUCCACGGUGUACUGGGAAGAUACUAAUGUAGUUCUUUUAGGUAUGUUAGAUGAAGGGUCCGUGAAGGAGUACUUGAAUGGUCCUCCUCUAGAGAUAGAAGUGCAUGAUAGAGAUAGGAAGGCGGAAGAGGUUAAAAAAGAACCAACGUUAUUUGGUGAAGAUGUGGAAGAUGAUAAACUUGGCAAUGUUGGCAUGGUAACAGGAAAGAGGACGUUACAUAAUCCAUUCACCGGCAGAGAUAAACCUUGGGAUCCAUACGGCAUUGCAAAAUUUCAGUUAUCUGAUUUAUUACUUGGUGAAAAAAUAUUGAACCUAACAAGUCCUAUACACAGCUGUAGCAUUCCUGAUCAGAUGGGAUUCCAAGUGGCUAGGAAUGGAAGACUUUUGGGAGUUCCUAACUCAGUGGAUGGUCCAAGAGAUUUACCAUUGCCUAUGGGCCAUUAUUUAGAAAACAACGCACAGCUUAAAAUACGUGUAGAGAUAACUUAUCCAUUGACAACACCUAAAGAUUUACAACAGAAAUCACAAAUGGAAACACGGCCACAGUGCCCCAUGUCUCGCAUCAUUUACAUGUUUCAAUACAUGAACACCAAGUUUUUACAUCACUUGCAAGGUCUGGUUACUGCCAUCAAUGCAAGAGCUUUGAAUUUAGACAGUAUGCCAAAACAUGUCGUCGAAGCUGCUCUAUCAACGUAUAAACUGUCAGAGGAACAACAGAGAAGCUGUGAUUUAGACAUUGUGACAGGGUUCCAUGUGAUGGACGGGCAAAUUCAUAUAUUUGUUUUAGAAGGUUUGAGAGAUCAAGCAAUCCAACAAUUAUGGCAGACACUACCACAUCCAUCGAUUGAAGGCAAGUAUAACAGAAUUAUGUCAGAAGUUGUGGUAUUCUAUUAUGAUUAA